GUGAGGAUGCGGCGCGGAGCCGGUCCACGCCGAGGAUGAUGCGCAGAGGAGCCGAGCGAGCGAGGAGAGUCCGCAGGAGACGCCACAGCGUGACCGUGGCCCAGGCGGAGGACGGGCAGGCGAGACGACGCGCGACUGCCGACAGUGACAGCAGCGGUGGUCACCGAUGUGUUUGUCGCGACAAGCGCCUUCCUUGCUUGAAUGCGAAGCCGCUCGUCCUGCCGUCAAUAAUUCUGGCAGAGAUUGUUCCAGUCAUUAUUUCUCUCUCUGAGCUCGGAGAAUGUCGGUGUUUGUUUCUAUAAUGCUCGUGAGUUCCCGUACUUCGCAUCAAUAUCUUUUUGGAUUUAUUUGUUUUUACCCACGGCAGUGAAAGCCUCUAAAGUUGUAUCUUCCGAUUCUACCGCUAGGACAUUUGUGAUCCUCUUGAGAGAGUAGCCCUGAGAUAGUUUGAAGCAAGUUCAUCACAAGAAGAGAUUUACAAACAAUAUCCCAAGAGGGCAAAAACAAUGUUUGGACUUUAGAGGUCCCGCUAACACAUCGCAAGCCAAUCUCCGCCGUGACACCUCUCUACCCAGCUGGCUCCAAGCGUCCGAGCCCAUCGCUCAUCCCCGCCCACUACUCCAGAUCGAUCACGGCCACUGUCGAACUCCGUUGUUCUCCGGGCAGCGCGACGCUCAGGGAGAGUUGCGAUGGGGAAGCCAGAGGCGGGCGGCGGGCCCGGCCUGGGGUUCCGCGUGCCUCGCUCCCAGAGCAAGAGCAGCCUCUCCGCCUCUCUGGAGGCCCUCGCCAGCUACCUGCCCUGCAUGGGAGCCGCCGAGAGCGGCGAGGGAGGCGGGAAGAAGCUGCGGAGCACCGUGCAGAGGAGCACGGAGACCGGCAUGGCGGCCGAGAUGCGCAACCUGCAGAUGGGGCGCCAGGCGUCGCGCGAGUCCACGGACGACAGCAUGAAGAGCUACAUGUCGGAGGGGAACCUCGUGUUCCCGGGCCUGCGGUUCGGGCCCGACAGCCAGUUCAGCGACUUCCUGGACGGGCUGGGCCCUGCUCAGAUGGUCGGGCGGCAGACCCUGGCGACGCCAUCUGUUGGUGACAUCCAGGUUGGGAUGGUGGACAGGACAGGUCACCUGGAGGUCGAGAUCGUCCGAGCGCGAGGACUCAGCGCCAAACGUGGAUCCAAAUCUCCGCCAGCGCCGUACGUGAAGCUCUACCUGCUGGAGAGCGGCACCUGCUUGGCCAAGAAGAAAACGAAGGUGGCUCGACGCAGCCUGGACCCCGUUUACCAGCAGCACUUCAUCUUCGAGGAGAAUCCCCACGGCAAAGUCUUACAGAUCAUUGUGUGGGGCGACUACGGGCGGAUGGACAACAAGUGCUUCAUGGGAGCGGCCCAAGUCCUCCUGGAGGACCUGGACCUGAGCAGCGCCGUCAUCGGCUGGUACAAACUCUUCCCCACCUUCUCGCUCGUGGACCCGACGCUGGCGCAGGUGGCGCGCAGGCCGUCGCAAUCGUCGCUGGAGAGCGCCGCCGAGGCGCCGUACAUGCGCUCCUUCUAGAGCCAAGCGGCGCUUGCGGCGGCCGGCCAAUGGAACGACGAGCGUCGCGUGCGAGCGCUGUGACGCGACAGAGGACUACGCGCCAGGCGGCAGAAACCAUCGCAACGGCAGAUUCGUCGACGAAUUUGCAAGCGGUCAGCAGAUGCGGCGGCGAUCCAGCCUCGAGUUUUAGAUCCGAUGAGAUGUACCACUACGGACCAACCACAAGGCCGCUUUGUCUUCGACAAUCAGUUUUGCCAAUGGACGUGGAAGAAACUCUGCGGAUUUGGGAAGCGAGGCGGCAAACGGUUGAACGUCAAUGAAGCCGAGAGACGGAGACUGAAUUGGAGUUGCACAUUCUUCCCUCUCCCCCCCGUACGCAGGGUCUUCGCUAAAGGUGGAUGUACAAAAUGUGAAACGGGGAACAUUUGUGGCUUUUGAUGGUUUUAAAGGACCAAGAUUUGUAUUUGGCUCUAGUGACUUAGCAUAGCAAAUGUGACCUGCUCGCUGCUUCUCUAGAUCGCCUCCGGUCUCAUCGAUACUGUAACAAAUCAAAUAUUUCGGGUAUUUACGGCGAUGUCCACUCGGAUGAUUUCUUUAGCCCCCAGACAUUAUGCCGCUGAGUGUUAUUUACGGGCGAAUAGCAUCCUUUGCAGAAGCCUGUUAAAACAAAGAGUAGUUGAAUCCCAUUUAGUAAAAUUAAAAAUGCAUAUGUUUACAUGCACACUGGGUGAGAAUUUUAUACACUUACAUGUGUGGAAAACAUUGCAGGCUGAACCAACAGAGAGAGAGAGAGAAAUGUAUUCAUUAAUGACGAGUUUGUGCCAAAUGUGAAGCGUGGUAUAAUUUUAACAGAAGUAUGUAUGUUGAACUUCUUUCGCACCGUUCGUAGCCAACCACGGUAAUUGGAGGUGCGGAAAGUCACGGAACCAUUGACAAAGCCUUAUGACUGGACAGUUAAGUAUAGGGAAAUUGCAACGCUAUUUAAAUGGAAAAUCAAAAAGAUAUAUUAUAAUCUAAAUAUAUAUCCACCUCUCAUAUUCCCCCGGGAUGCACAUGGGCCACUGUGCGCGGUGUGGUGGCAUUCAGCGCUAUUUAAGUCGCAGCCCUGCUCUCUUUGCUGGAGAAAAUAAUAGUAAGCACAACCACCGCAUUCCACAAUUCCCCUGCGACAUUCGCCGACACUUUCUGUGCUCUUGAUAAGUAUAGGUAUGAGGUUAUAGACGUGACACAAGCAUCCGGUGGCAUGAUCCCAAAGGCUUCAGCUGUGUUAUGUAUUACCACACUCGUGGCAUGCUGUUCUUUGCUUUCUUGCACUCAGUCUGGGGUGUGCGUACAGCAUGCUCACAAGCAUCUGCCUGCAUGGGAUUCCAGGGGUCGGAGUACAGAACGACUUGUGACAGCCCUAACAUUGUGUAAGUUUUAUAUGAGACUUGUCGUAAGUCCGAGUAUCUAAGAGAGUGACGACAUUGGGUAUUCAUAAAGCUAUAUAGCUGUGGGGCCCACUCGUACGGUCUGUUGGACUUAAGAGGAGUCUUAAGAGAUGAUUCUGUACUCGUUUCUCAUAUCCACAAUCUGAACCCUUAAGUGUCAAACGCCGCUGCAACGCAAUGCCCAGCCCCACGCGUUCUCCCCUACAGUCGUAAUGUUUCAGUUAUGCUGUCAAAGAAAUAUUGGCUUACACGUGCAAUGGUGUCAGGUUCACAUUACAUUGUUGAAAGCACACUUUCAUUGCAUCGCGAAUACGAAUUAAGUGCCACGAAUGAGAUUUCAGCUUCACUGGUGGCAGAGGGCCAGUUCAGCCAAGUGUAACACUGCAUUAUUCAAAGAGGAAUCAGGCUACGCUUUGUCUGCGCUGACACUUUGCUCCAAUCGAACCCUCCACUAUGAAAGCCACUGACACAGCAGCCAAUAGCAGCAGCAGCAGCAGCUGAGCGCGGUGCCCCACGGGAGGCUGGCCAGGGUCUGGUGGCACGCGGACAGCGGCGCCUGGCACGCGGUGCAGGAGGGUCGACUGCGGUGUCCACCAGGGGCACCAGCCGCAACAUCGCUCGCGAUGGGGUCGCGGGGCCUCGCCCUGGCGCCCACACUCCAUGCUUUAACACGGACGCGCACACAAUGUCACAGUCUCAGAUUUAGUUUCAAUCCCUCCACCUUCAACCCCUCAGCAACGAACGCGCGAUGACUGACUGUGCGAUGGAGGAUGUGAUUAAGACGGUCAAGAAUGUUUCGCGGUGUCUUUUGACUACAUCGAUGUUUGCGUUACGCCUGCACCUCAUACCAACACAGCCAAUCGGGGAGUAGCACAUCGCAUCGCAUGCAAGGUCAGCACUGCACAUGGCAGGGCAUCCCACAGUAGGCCGGUGCUGGAGACAUUCACAAAUUAGUUUGCAUAGACGGCAUUUCAUUUGCGUAUGUAGCCAUCAGACGCAUCGGCCGGCAAGCCAGAUAACAAUGAUACCCCUGCCCCCCCUCCCCCCUCUUUUGAAAUGCGCAAUAUUCAGAUUUCAUAACGUGUUCGUGUCUAACGCGAUAUUUUGAUUAUUGAGAGCGUAUGGCGCCCACCAUUGCCAUGCGAGUGGAAUGUGGAAUGGGAUGGAAAUGCAAAACAGUCCGAGAUUGUGAAUGUAAAAGCAGUUCUAACCGUUGGGCAUGCACAGCAACGUAAGCUACCACACGAGUCCAGAUCAUCAGAGGACACGCAAUACAAAUCCAUCGUACAUCUGCAUAAUGUUUACUUAAUACACACACGUGCACACAGUAUAUACACACACACACAAGUAUCAGUUAACAAGAGCGUAGCAAAAGCAUCUACUAGGUAUGGAGUUAAACAGUGGAGGAGGACAGUGCCUGAAAGGUCAAGUGUAAGUUAUGUUAGUUGUACUCCUUUUACACGCACACAGUUUCACUUACUGUGGCCGUGGUCAUUGGUAACCAUGACAUCAUAAUGUUGUAGAUCUGCGUGUAGAUACAAGAGAUAUAAUUAUGUGUGCGGGGGUGUAAAAGACAUCGCAAUAUGUCCUCAACAAGGUCGUGUGGCAAAAAAAAUAUUUUUCACUGCAUCAGAAACAAAAAUAUAUAGAUACUAGCUAUUUUUUAUUCUUAUGACUUGUAAAUGGUAACCCGCAAUCAUUGGGCCUCAGGUACUCCUCCAGAACUCCUGCGUCCACAAAAGCACCACAACAAUGUGCCGAGUGAGUGAGAAGGGGUGAUUUGACCGAUACGCACUUAGCCAGCAGUGGAGUGACCAUGGCUGAUGAUGACAAGGGCAGUUGUUGUGUUGUCGUGUGCUUGCGUGGUCAGUUCGUGACACGCACUGCUGCGAAGUUGCAUUUAAGAAAAACGCGACUCAAGUGAAGGUGACGCGUGACAGUUUUGCAGAUAUGAAUAAAACAUCACUCUUGAAGGGACUGUGAAACUAGGACAGAGCAGACAAAACACAUCUCCAUUUACACUCACUCGCUACAGGAGGACACGACGCCCGAUGUACUGAAUGGAACGUAUGCACCGUAUGUAUUCAACCAAACCGAUAUGCCACCUCAGUUAACCAGCGGUGAUUGAUGUGUUUGCAUCCGACGAGGCUGCCCCCCCCGUGCUCAGUGCAGAGGGUCUCCCCAGCGCAUUGUGAUUGUGAGCACAAUCACCGAUCAAGGUGCCACCUGGCGGGUUUAACAUCGCCAAUGGGCUGUCGCUGCAUUCGUGCCAGCUCGCAACUGGGAGGCAAGCAAGUCCGUUUAGUGUGUGGGUAUGUGCCAGAUGUGUUGCACUCCUUGACACAGACUUACAUUGGAGGAUCGUGUAAGUGUUCGUCUAAUUUGCUUGUAAACAGGUGGAAGCAACUUGACGCUGCUGCGAGUGAUAAUUCAUCUCCGUUGUAAUCCACCCGCGCCACAUUGCAUAGGCGAUAUACAAGUUGUGUUGCACACUACCUCAGCGUGUGGGCUAACCGGCGAGCCGCCCGCGUUUGGCUCGGCGUGGUCAUCACACAACAACACCCUGGGGUCGGAAUGCAGUGAGGCCCGAGCACGUGGAUGAAUAUGCAGGCGGUCAUUACCAAGUGCGGCUCACGCACGCACGCACAGGAUCAGUUCCGAUGAGAGGCAUUGGAAUUCCCACCCGGGGCUCUGUAGUCUCCAUGUUCAGCUGGCCGUUGUGUGUUCUCCUUGUCUACGUGCAGGUCUCAUCGUAUUUAUGAUAGAGUUCCGAAUAGGAGCAUUCUUAUGCAUUUCAUGAACUGAGCAACUUUAGGGUGACGGGUAUACAUGGGCAUUUACUUUAAAUUCUAGUUCAGCCAGGAACAUUUCAAAUGGAUAUACUUAAAUAUAUUUAAAACCAUGUUGAGCGCUCUACAGCACACACAUUACACAUUGUCCCGGUAUGCAUUUAAUGAUUAAAUUAACACAUAUACAUUACUGUGAAGAGUUAAUUACAUAUCAGCUUUUACAAUUCAAGUGAAAUGCCUCUCAAUUAGUAAAUUACAUCAAUACAGUAUGUACUCAACAAAAUGUUCUCUCCCUAGACAUGCAUAUAAUGUACAAGCAUAGUAAGAAAGAGACACUUUUACUGAAACCAUUACACCCAAACAUAGCAUUUUAUAAGAACACCGUGAUGGAGUGGCAAUUAUUGACUCAAUAUUUUCAGAAAAUAUUGUUUCUGUGUCUUUUAAUUUGGAUAAGUGGGGCAGCCGGAUAACCAUGGGCUAUGCCCCCCCACCCCCCUUAACACCUUUCCAGCCCCCCCCUCCUUAGCCUACAUCCACUUAGCCCCCCAUGGCUUCUUGACUGCCACACCCCCAACUUCGAGAUUGGCCCCUAUCCAUCUCAUUGGUUUGUCAACUAAUGAAUGACAAACUAAAGUCUGUGAUGCCUCUGUACACUCUGAGAGGGCGUGCCGUCCCUUGGUUUGACGCCGCACGUUCACGUCCAGACUGCUGAUACAUCCACAAAGUGCUCGUAUUGGACCCACUUCGGGAGUGUCUCUGCGGGUUUCCCAGGACUCCGUCCUCUCCAUCCCUGCGACUCAAUCUGAUCCUCUCCCCCUCUCGCGUCACUUGAAUCCUCUUCCUUCACGCCCCCCCCCCCCCCCACAGGACAUCCCUCUUUACAGUCUCCCCCCUUCCUCCCAGAAUCCCGCCUCCUCUCUCAUCGAUCACUUGAACCGUUCCUCAUGAACGCCCCCAUCAGUCACUCGAGACUCUUGCCCACCGUCGCUUUAAUUUUUAUUUCCAUUGCGUCGUUGAUCACGAACAGUCGGACCACUUGCAGCCCCCCCCCCCCUCUCCGUGUCGGUGUUCCUGCAGGGUUAAGAGCAUGCGGAUGGCAACCUCAUUCCUUCGGUCGUUGACUUUUCAUGGUGGUCUUACUACAUUUGAGGAAGUGGCUGUUUAUGAUGGUUUGCUGUACGUGCUGCCUAGUCGCGCGACAUUCAUGCGUGUAUUUGCACUGCAGCGGACGGAUUAAGAAAUAUAGUUUUAUUGUAGAGACGUGUUCACGUAGAAUCCAGAAAGCGUGCAUGACUUUUUAAAAAUGUAUUGCAUCUUGUUAACUGUUAACAUAUUACUGGUAUAAUGAGAUAAUUUAUAGUGUUCUACGAUGGAGGGAAUUCGUCGUAACUCAACAUUUCUUAGCUAACUCAGGCGCUUGGGCCCUUUCAAAUGUCUAUUCGCCAGGAAUACUGCAUGGGUUUAUUAUUUUCCUCGUGCAAAACAAAAUGCGAAUAGGCACCACCAAAUUAAUUAGUAUAUCAAUGUUUAAUAGAAAGCGUUUUCAAAGGGCAACUGCACCCAAUUCGAGAGAGGAUUGAUGAUGACUGGUAACUGAAAGAUUAACCGACAGACAGAUGCCUCGUUAUUUAUAUGUCGCAGUGCUGGAGAUUCAUUCAUUGAGUGUCAGAAAUUAGGUUUAGUAACUACGCUGGCUUGACAACUUCAUUUUGCAUCCAUUGAUAAUCAUUUUUUAAUGCCAUACUUUAUCCAGCAUCAGUGCCAACUUAAAACACACCGCCUGACAGGUCUGCUUACAGCAGCCCGUAACACUGGAGACCCUUGCAUGUUUGGCUGACGUUACCCUGACAGAUGCACUGCCUGUCAUCAUAUAUAACAUGGCUUUGUAUCUUUGUCCGUGACGUACAUGUGGUUGUUAUGAUGUCGUAAAGCAAAUUUGAUUUGCCAAACAUUUUAAUUGUUUUGCUAAGCCUUAUCCCUAGGGACCCUUUUGACACUUCAAUGACCGAUUUGUCUCCAGAGGCCACUGCAUUCCAAGUCAAUCAGUCAAUGUAAUUGAAGGAAUGUGUGAUCUGGCAACCUCCUCACCCCAGAGACUCCACGCGACACAUUUUCUUUCAACAUGAACCGUCCUGUUCACCCACACGUGACAGUAAAAUAAGUGUAUGUCUCUGUUUAAAGUGCGCACAUUUUUAGUGAGCUUGUUUUGUUACGUUUCCCAUCCUUCCGAACACACGAGUUUUUCUUUGUGUGACUUCAUUUUACUAUUUGCUGUUGAAUAAGAGAAGGGAAAUGCUGAUGCAGUCUUCCGUGAGUGGUGCUGGCAUCUGGGAUGUUUGACAUGUAUCUAUAACGGUGAAGGGGGGGGGGUGACGUUGCUGCGUUUAGGAGCAGUCACUGCAAUUGAACUACGUGUUUUUUAUUUAUAGAAAUUAUAUUUUUACUUGCUUAUUAAACAUGGUAUUCACAUGACUAAUGUUGGUGAGAGGCGUGACUGCAAAUUCUGCCUCACAAUAUGUGAGUGCAUCUCAGUUGUAUCAUCGAACCUACUGGGUGUGACCUCGUGUAAACAGAAACACAAAGCUUGGAGGCGUUUUAAAGUAGUGAAAUUAUUGUCACUUAUAGCGUGACCAGUGUUAUAUUCGUCAGCAUUUAUUUUUAUUUUAAUGACUAAAUUUAAUUUACAAACUAAAACUUGAGUAAAAUCCCACAGAUUUUGGCCAACUAGACUAAAACUAAAAUGUUGAUGAACUUAACCCUGAGUGUGGCGCCUAGUUUAGGCAUGGCCUUCUGUAUCAGACCUCCGGCCCUUGUCACACAACUCAGCAUUCACGGCACAUGCAUUCGAGCAAAAAUCUACCUUGCUUUUGGUGUACAGCUUUAAGCACUCAUAAAACUAUAGUUGAAGUUACGGACAUUAUAUGCACACCAGCACGUGCACACACAUACAUAAAGGUCAUAAAACACCAAUGAGUAUUACAGCCCUUGUUUGGGAGAACCUAAUAGUGUGACAUUUCCUUGCAGGUUAUUGGACUGGGAUUGGUUUUACGUCAAGAUAAGUUUGAGUUUCCAGGGAGAGCAGGCCAUAGGUGUAUAUAUAUGUUCUAUGCUCUGUUUUACAUCCACUGUAUGAAAUUGGAUUAUAUAAAAAUCCACGCAGUUAAAGUGGAGCAUGUGCACAUCAUGUAGUGCAUUAUGGAUAUUAAUUUACAAUGAGGCCUGCUGAGAUGGUGAUGGAGAGCGAGCGUUGUGUAUCUUCCUCCUUCAACAAAAUUGAUCAGCUUUAUUGCAAACGGUCAGCAAUUUACCUUUAAAUAAUGCGCCCAAUUGGAAAUUUAAGUCGACCGUGCAAGGAUGAAAUGAAGACGCACGCAUUUGGGCUCACUUCCACUUGUUGUGCAAUUAUUACUGGGCAGUUAAACUUUCACCACAUCUCAAAGUAUUUUUUUUACCAGCCGCAUGGGCAUUAUUUUAACAUUGUCAACUCCUUUCCAAAACACUAUUAUGAAAACAAAAACAAUCCGAAUAUUCACUAUUCACCCUGUUAUUUAAGGAGAUUGUGCAUGCCGUGUGCAUAUAGUAUGCAACAGUACAAAUAAACGCAACAACAAUAUUCUAUCUCUGAAAAAGAAUGAUGUUACAAAAGGGUAGUGACUGAUACAACCUUGUAAAUUCUCAUUUUUACAGCAGUAAACAGGGUUGUCGCUUAAAAUGAUGCGUGCUAUUUAGAAGCUCGUCCAUAGACAGGAAAUCUAAGCUGUGCUAAUCACGACCACCCAGGGCGUUUAUUCACAAGCCACAUAAGCAGGGGACAAGUAUUCUGAAGUGUUCCUGGCCUUCCAGAGAUAACUAAAACACCUUCUGCAGCUAGCAUUCCAUUAUUUUUUAAUGCACAUCAUUACUAUGGAACCUUUUGGCAUGUAUCCUGUAUGAAAUCACUGAUUACACAUUCAAUAAUAAAUAGCAUGCUUAUAUUUUUCGUUGCUGUAUUAUACUUACACAUAUUAAAUAUUAAGUAUUGCAUUAUGUAAGAAACAAAUUGUGCAUAUCUAUGCAUUCCAUAUUUUGUAUCUUGCUUGUCACACUAUAUCGACCAUUAUUAAUGUUUAUGAGCCCUUAAGGGCUGUAUAAAGAUUGUUUAUGGAGUUUGUUCUAAGUUUAAUUUAUCUAGUUUUGAUAACACGUGAUGCUGUUCUUCACAACAAAAACGCUCAUGUUCAUUCCCCCCCCCCCCCCCCAUUUUACUACGGUUCAUUGAUGCUUUCUGCAACACUGGAGGCAAUACAAAUUUCUCUAUUAAUUUUUAUCAUGAGUACAUAAUUACUGUAAUCAUGAUAACAUGUGUAAUAUAUGAGAGAAUUGUAUGCAAAAAUCGAUGGCAUAUAAAGUGUUCACAUGCUCUUCAAACUGGAAGAGUUUACUGCCAGGAAAUGGGUUAUGGACAAUCAUAAUCUUAUAGUAAAUAUUUUGGAAAUAUAUAAAUCAAUAUUAUUAAUUUAUCUUUUUAUUUAUAAAGCUGCUAUUGUAUGUAAACAUGUGUAAUAUGUAAUUUAGAAGUAUAAUUUGUAUUUUUUUAUUAUUAUAAUUUUACGUAGAGGCAUCUAACAUUACAUACACUGGGGCGUAAACAAGUGUGCUGUGAAUAUCAUGAAUUCUCCACGGCGUCUUAUCGUGAGAAUGGCUAUUUUUUACGUGCACUUCUGACCUGGCACAUGUUGCUGUCCAUGUAGCGUUUGCGUAUGGAGAUGCAACUGACAGGUAUCUUAAACCGAGUACAAUGCCUGACUUGUUGACUGUAACACUAUUUUAAACAAUAAA